GUGUGUGGAGGUCAUUGCCAAGGAAGGACAAAACCUGAAAGAGCUGUAUUUGGUGUCCUGUAAAAUCACAGAUUAUGCACUGAUAGCCAUCGGGCGAUACAGCAUGACUAUAGAGACUGUGGAUGUUGGAUGGUGUAAAGAGAUUACAGAUCAAGGAGCCACCCUGAUUGCACAGAGCAGCAAGUCUCUGAGAUAUUUGGGGCUGAUGAGAUGUGAUAAAGUCAAUGAGGUGACGGUGGAACAACUGGUGCAGCAGUACCCCCACAUCACCUUCAGCACUGUCCUCCAGGACUGCAAGAGGACCUUGGAGAGAGCCUACCAGAUGGGCUGGACCCCCAACAUGUCUGCUGCCUCCUCCUGACACUCCUGUCCAGGCUUAGGUCCACUCGGAUCAUUCAGCAGGUCGCAGGGGAGUUGGAGAUUUAGGGUGGGCGAUCUCUUAGAAAGGUUUUAACUGUCACCUGUCUGCUUGUGUACCAGAGUGUGUAUAUUUGUGUCUUGUUUGCAUACUGCAUAGCAUAAGCGCAGUUGUUAUUUGUUCCCAGGUGAGCUGGCUUUUUUUCUUGAAAAUUAAAGAUUAGAAAAACCACAAAUCUUUUAGUUUUUAAGCUCAAAGGCUGAUUUCUCUAAACAAAUUUUUUUUAAUGUAGAGUCAAAAACUUGGAUGUAUUAUUUUGAGCUUCUACUUACUGACACUUGGAGAUGCUCAAAAAAGAAGUCCUCCUUUUUUUUGCUGGGAUAGAAUUGUGCGCUUCUACUGAUGGUAACCAGAACAGAAGUGAUGUUGUUCUAAUUAGAAGCCUGGAAACCAGUACUUUUCAAAAUUCCAAGCACACACACACACACACGGGCACUCACAGUCUCUCACAUAGUCGCACACAUGUGUGCACUUGCACACGUGUGUGUGCACACACAGGAGGGCAGUUUCUUUCUUUCAGAGUGGCCUUCCUCCAGGCCACUGAGGGAGCAUGUCAUCCACUGGGGCUCUGAUUAACUCAGUGUAUCCACAGGUGGCCAACUUCCUGUCUGGUUGUGAUAAGGACUAGAGAGAAUAAAGCCUUUUGUAAAUUUUUAUAUGGAAGCAACAAUCAGAAUUCCCCUUGCCAGCCCACAAAAGUUAAUUAUUCAUUAUUGUACAAAUGCAUUCUGUUGAAUACUAAAUAUUUUAGUUGGUUUUACGUUAACAUUAUGUUAGCUCUUAUUUCAUGGUGAGUAACUGGUUGGAAUAUAUUUUAACGGUAUUCAUAGUUAAUCUUAGCAUUAUCCAUAUUAAAGUCACCGAUGUUAUUAAUGGUGUGCAGUUCUUAAAAGAACUACAGAUCAUUUCAUUAUUCUGUUUAUUUUGGUAAUUAUGAAAGUGUAUUUGAGAUUUUUAACAUUAAUAGAGAGAUGAGAUACAAGUAGACAAUCUUUUGUUACUUUUUUUCUUUUGCUUUGCUUUGAGUUGUAGGGCAGGUUUUUUAGAUAUAUGCAUGUUUUUAUUUUUUGAAUAGUUCUUAUGCUAUUGCAAAGAUCAAUUGCUAGCUAAUGUAUGAGUUAAGGAGAAAAAUUAGAAAAUCUGGGUAUGAAAAUUCUGUUUACACUUGUCAGAAAUAAGCAUUUCUUUGUUUAAUUAAAGAUUGCCAGCUUUCAGUUAAGACAAUACCUAUCAGUAAAUGAAUAUUUGUUUUGAUUUCACACAUCGUUGCAAUUGAUUUGAAGUAGAGACUCAGGCUCGCAUAACCUUUCCUGUGUCUAGGUUUAUAAUCAAGACAGCAAGGAGCCUUUUUAAGCUAAAGAGUGAUCAUCUUUCACAAUAGAACUAGAAACAAAACCCUGACUUGUGAAUUUGCUAUUUAUUCUUUCCUGAUGUGGACAUAACUUAUUUGGUCUUUUAACAAAUAUACUGAGGCUUGAAUUUCAUUUUCUAUGUCUCAAUAUUGCUAAAAUGAUAUUCACUGUUAAGAAACAAAAGAUAGCUUUACAUUGGAAUGCCAUUUACUUAUUUAUAAUGACUCCUUUUUUGCAAACAACUGUUUCCUUUGAUUAUGUCAACAGGGUUCUCAUAUGGCAUUUCUUUGUUUUUAACCCCAAUCAGUUAAGGAAAUCUAGUCAGUAAGUACAAAGAGUAUUCUUCCCAUUACUAAAUGGGCUACUAAUUUAAUUUGAAAGGAAUAAAAUUUGUGUAAGAAAAAAGAUGUUUACCAUUAAUAAACUAUAUUUUUUCUUACAUAUCAAACUGUAUCAUUUUCAUAUCCAUUUUCCCACCAUUGAAAAAUAUUAUUUCACAAUAUUUUAACUGAUUUUUAACCCAAAACUAAUUUAUAAGACAGUAUGUAUAGUAAUAGUAGCUUGAGUGAAUAAGCAAAAGUUUAAUUUUUAUAUAUGUCACACUAUAUUUUAAAUAGUUAAAAAAAGACAAAAGAAGCGAGAGUCAUUUAUGAUAUAGAUGGUACCAUUUCAGUUCAAAGUUGUAAUAAUCUUUGAGGUGUUACAGUUUGGUUAUCAAAUGUUUUCAGAGUGUAUAGUUUUUUUUCUUUUUAAUGUUGCAUUGUUUGAAUCUAAAGUACAGCACUAUAACAUGCUUUAGCUUGGGGGGGGUGGGAAGGGUGGGAACUUGCACUUAUUAUCUGAGAUGUUGACUAAUCCAGAACGCCUGAUGCAACAUAACCUGGAAAACUGCUUUGGUACAUUUGUAGAAAUCUAUAGAAAUAUCAUAUCCAGCCUCAAAGCAUUAAUCUCAAAAAACAUCCAGAAAAUGCAUCACCAUGAGUGAUCCCGUGAUGGUUGUUGAAUGUGUUCUCAUCAGAUGCUUUGAAAUGAGGCUUAAAAUAAUUUUUCUGGGCAAUAUAGAGUUUCUUUUUUUGCUUAGAAUGUCAUAAAUACAUGUGAACACAUUUAAUGCAGGGCUUUUUAUCCUCUCCAAAAUGUCAACAGUAUUUUCAGAAUAAAGAGUAUGAAAUAUAUUGCUGUAGUGGAAAAUUCUGGUCCUUUGUCUUCAAUGUCUUUUUGAGUGGAUAAAGAAAAUUCACCCAGUUUGUAGUUUCUAUAUUUCCGUGAACCUUUUGACCUUGCAAUGGGUUGCAAUAAAAAUGAAACAAAACA